AUGGCUGACACGCCCAAUCGAGGAAUUGUCGUCAUUUCAGGAGGUAGUGCCGCGAACAAUCUCGUGGAUGUCUUCGAUGCCGUGCGAGACAGCAAGAACUGCCUGCUCAGUUACAUUAUCCCGAUUAGCGACAAUGGUGGUUCCUCGUCGGAGCUGAUCCGAAUCUUUGGGGGUCCUGGAAUCGGUGAUGUUCGAAGUCGCCUUGUUCGAUUAAUUCCGGACUCACCUCCCAAUUCAGAGCGGACUGCGAUUAAAACGCUCUUCAAUCAUCGCUUGCCCGCUCAAGCAGGGGCAGCGGCGCAUGAAUGGCUCACCAUCGUAGAUGGCACGUCCAGCCUAUGGAGGUCCAUCACCCCCGCGAAGAAAGAAUUGAUCCGCUCAUUCUUCAACAUGCUCAACUUGGAAAUCCUCAAGCGGGCUCGUCCACCGUCUUCGACUUUCGACUUCACUUCUGCCAGUGUUGGAAAUCUGUUCCUUACGGGUGCGCGACUCUUCAGUGGGAGUUUUGAGAGUGCAAUCUACCUCCUGGGAAGCAUUUGCGGAGUACAGUCGGAUAUAGUCCGGGUUAUACCCGCGAUUAACUCCAAUUUCUCACACCACAUAUCUGCCACUCUCGCCGAUGGCACUGUCAUUGUUGGUCAAAAUAGCAUUUCCCAUCCAAGCGAGACUACAGCCCUCCAGCCCGACCGUGGCAACAAGCCGAGACGGCCUAGCUUACUUCUUGCGGACGGAGAUGAUCUAGAAGAUACCGCCUCUGACGCAUCUGAUACCCUCUCAUAUGAAGCGGAUCAUCUCCCCGGGUCCCUCGCUACUUUGCGAAACAAGAAUAUCUCAUUCAGCAAAACGGAGAACGAAGACCUAUCCUGCCGAAUCAGCAGGAUUUGGUAUAUCAAUCCUUACGGACAAGAAAUUCGACCACCCGCAAACCCGCGUGUUCUGGAGGCAUUGAGCGAUGCCCAAGCUAUCAUCUACAGUAUUGGCUCAUUGUAUACCUCCAUCAUCCCAGCAAUCAUCCUCCGUGGCGUUGGCAAAAAUAUCAUGACCAGUCCAGCUCGCCAUAAGAUUCUCAUUCUCAAUGGUUCUUUAGACCGCGAGACUGGACCUCCAUCUGAGCCAUUCCUAGCAUCCGACUUUGUCGAGGCUAUCGCGCGUGCCUGCGAGGAAAGCCGUGGACGGCAUCCACACAGAGCUUCUCACCACCACGAAGAGACGCCAUCCUCCCCGAAAACCAUUCGGCCACGCGCCCCUCUUCCAUAUACUGCCUACGUAACCCAUAUAUUGCAUCUAGACGGCCCUGGAACGCCCCAAGUGGACAGGGAAAGGCUGGCAGAGAUGGGUAUUGAAACCUUGCGCUUGUAUGGACGCAAAGUCACAGCCAUUGAAGGGGGCAAGGAGGUUUGCGUGGGCAUGAAAUAUGACCCUAAUGCAUUGAUUCAAGCGCUCGAGGUGGUCUUGGGAAAGAAGGGUGAUGCCAUGGUGCGUGGAGGUCUUGGGAGUGGUCUGGGCAGGAGAAAUACCCUGGACCCCGGCCGGCGAGAUAAAUAA